AUGAAUUCUAGUUUUGAGAUAUUAAAGAAUUCGCCAGGAUUCAUAGGAAUGGCAUCUUUUACAAAGACGGGCCUUCCAAUUCAAGAAUAUGGAUCUAGGCAUAUUAAGCAUGAUGUUUCCGAGUUUUGCUCUAUUAUCACACAAAUUAGAAACUCUUUGUCAAGCUCAAUUUUGAACGAGAAUAUUUCAAUAACUAUAGAAACAACAAAAAAAAAAAUAAUUGUUGUAGAGUCAAAUGACAUCAUCUUAAUUUUAUAUAAAAACAAUGAUAGCAAAAUAUCAAUGGGAAACGGUUAUUUGGAAGCCGAUACUCAGAACUAA